CAGUAACUUCUGCUGUGCUGUUGAUCAGCAUUUCAUAUUGAAACCAUAAGUAUUCAUUCCGUGUCUGCAAUUGCUUAUGAUAAUCACUGUCUGAAACUGUUUUUAGUAUUUGUGGAAAAGGAGCUCCUCUAGUGUGUUCAGUGCUAUGCUGCAGGGUGUGAAGGAGUUCUGCCUGCACAAAGCAGAAUGCAGUCCUGGUGGAGGAAGAGUAGGAGAGAGGUGUAAGGAAUGGCUGAAGUAGACUGUCAAUUGGUAGAAGUCACAGUAGAUGCAGGUAAUAAUGGAAAUGGUGUAUACCUGUUUAUAUGCCAAUUAAAAGGAGUUGGCUUUUUUAAGCCUAACAGCAGUGAAUGAGGUGAUUUACAGUUAUUUCCCACAGCACAAGAAAAAUACCAAGAAAUCAGAAAAGCAAUUUUAAAUAAAGAACCUGUAUUGGUACAAGAAGAAAAACGUACAAAAGAUUUGUAUACAGCUGGGUAGUGGAGAAGGGUGUCCUGCUAAGGCAGCGAGGUUCUUGAACAUCUUGACAGAUUACUACAGUGUCCUCUGUAGUCCCCCUCUGAACCUUGAAAUAAAGUUCAUCAGUCUAUAAAGAGGACUUUUGUGUUAUGAUUGCCUUUGAUAGGUAAGAAAAAGACGUCAUAAUUGUGGAGUUUUGGUCCCCUUUUCCAUUUGAAUUGUGUAUUUUCCUAUAUCGGUUGUUGGACUCAUAGAAUUUGAGAAAGAGAGCUUUUGUGCAGUGACAGAUGACUUGGUUGGGAACCAUGUUGUCUGUGUUUGGAGUCACGAGAGCUGUACUGCUUUCUGCCAACUGAGAACCUGACCAGUUAGUUGAAUGAUUUUGGUUUUAGGGAAAUUUGUCAGGAUUAUGUCUGGGAAUGAGAUACAAAUUGGCAUGUGUUUGACAUGCAUGACUCUGUGUUGAAUGCUGGACUAAAGUGUACAACUCUUUCCAGGGGUGCUGACUGGUACAUUUGGUUAUCUCGUUAAAAGUUUGUGUUACUCAGCUUCUGACAAAUGUGUAAGAUUGACAUUUAUGAGCCAGUUCAAUCAAAGCAUCUUCUCAUGCUGAUCCUGGAAAACUUCAAAUGGUCAUCAUGACAGAAAAAUGUGUUGAUGAUGAUCUGUCAAACUCUUUGAAGAACCAGCAUGGAGAUUGGCAUGCUGAACUGUUAAUGGGGACAUGGGACUCAAGUUGUCAUUGAUCAUUUGUGUGGACAUAACUAGCAAAAAGCAACAGAAGACGCUAGAAAGACAGUGGGAAUUAUAGCAGUUUUUCAGGUCACCAAAUCUUGUUAUUUUAAUUUCUGUCUGGAAGAAUGUCUGAACAAGGUAAAUUGAACCAGGAAACAGCAGAGGAAGCUGUGAAAGAACAGGAGUCUGCCCUCUCUGAAGCGACCCCAGACAACUGUAUUCUUAAUAAAUCUGAAAGCUCAGAAGUAGAGGAAAAGGAGGAAAAGCUUAGUGAUGCCAAGACAGAGCUGCAGAAACGAGGUGCAAACCAGAACCAGCAGAAAAAGAGAUCCAAGUCAGGAGCUAAAGGAAAACUUGUCCGGAGUCUUGCUGUUUGUGAAGAGACAUCCCCUCGCCCGGGAGCAGAAAGUCUUCAUGAUAAUCAGGAAUCAAUACAACUACAACUUUCAAGUUUUCCUAGUUUGCAAGAAGACAAAACUAGUAAAGAUGACAAUGAGAAAGAAAAAGAAAAGGAUAAAAAUAAAGAAAAAGAUAAAAACAGUGAAAAAAACAAGAUCAGAAUGUUAUCAAAAGAUUUCAGUCAAGAGUAUACAGACUCAACAGGCAUAGAUUUGCAUGAGUUUCUCAUUAAUACGUUAAAGAAUAACCCCAGGGACAGAAUGAUACUCUUGAAAAUGGAACAGGAAAUUAUUGAUUUUAUUAGUGACAACAAUAAUCACUAUAAAAAGUUCCCUCAGAUGUCAUCAUAUCAGAGGAUGCUCGUACACAGAGUGGCAGCUUACUUUGGAAUGGAUCACAAUGUGGAUCAAACUGGAAAAUCUGUAAUCAUCAACAAGACCAGCAAUACCAGAAUACCAGAGCAAAGGUUUUCUGAACAUUUAAAAGAUGAAAAAGGUGAAGAAUCCCAGAAGCGAUUUAUCUUGAAGCGAGCUAACUCUAGUAUUGAUAAAGAAGACAAUCAGCAAAACAGAAUUCUUCCAUUUAGAGAUGACAGACGAAGUAAAUCAAUUGAAGAGAGAGAAGAGGAGUAUCAGAGAGUGAGGGAGAGAAUAUUUGCACAAGAUUCAGUUUGCUCCCAGGAAAACCUUUUUGUGGAAAACAGUAGGCUCUUGGAAGACAGUAGUAUAUGCAAUGAUACCCAUAAGAAAAGACAGCUGUUUAGGGGUAACAGAGAUAGCUCGGGGAAGGCAUCUGGCAGUCGGCAGAGCAGUACGGAGAAUGAAUUGAAGUGGACAGACCACCAGAGGCCAUGGAGCAGCACAGACUCAGACAGUUCAAAUCGAAAUUUGAAGCCAGCCAUAACAAAGACAGCAAGUUUUGGUGGCAUAACCGUCCUGACAAGAGGAGAUAGCUCAUCAAGUAACAAAAGUACCGGCAAACUGUCUAAAACAGGUAGCUCAGAGUCUUCCAGCAGCGCUGGUUCCUCAGGAUCUCUGUCACGAAUACAUCAGCCUCUCCAAAGUGCACCUCUUGUCCCUGGGGUGACGGCCAGCUCUUCAGGCACCGUGUCCUACCCUGAGAAUGGGAUGAGUGGCCAGGUGGCAUCCAACAACACCAGCUAUAUCAUUCUUCCACUUGAAGCUGCAGGGAUACCGCCUGGCAGUAUCCUGCUCAACCCACACACAGGUCAACCAUUUGUAAAUCCUGAUGGGACGCCUGCAAUAUACAAUCCUCCCAGCAGCCAGCAGACAAUGAGGAGCCAGAUGGUGGGACAGUCUCAGCAGCAGCCUUCAUCCCAGCAGCCUCAGCAGGUUCAACAGCCACAGCAGCAAAUGGCAAGUCACCUUGUCACACAGCCUGUUCAGGCCAUGCAGCCAUCUUCUCAGUCAGUCCAAUAUCCAGCAGUUUCUUAUCCUCCCCAGCAUCUCCUGCCAGUCUCUCCAACACAGCAGUUUUCUGUGCGAGAUGACAUGACAACACAGUUUAACCAGAUGAGCUUGAGUCGUCAAUCAUCAGGAGACAACCCUGAAUCACCUUCUGGCCCUGUCUACCCGUCACCUAUCUUACAGCAGCCUGCCCAGCAGACGGGUUACAUUAUGGCUUCCCCAACUCAACAGCUUCCCCCAGGAGGCUUUACAGGUUCAGGUCCACCAGUGUCUCAGCAAGUGCUGCAGCCACCACCGCCGCCCCAAGGCUUUGUGCAACAGCCACCACCACCUGCUCAGAUGUCAGUGUAUUAUUACCCAUCUGGUCAGUACCCUACCUCAACAACUCAGCAGUACAGACCCAUUGCCUCAAUUCAGUACAAUGCACAGAGGAGUCAACAAAUCCCACAGGCUGCACAGCAAGCAGCUUUGCAAGUACUUUGGGAUGGACCAACUCAGAACUUUUGGCAAAUAAGUUACCAGCCUGUCCUGGCAAACCAGCAGCAAGGGUUCCAGGGUCUUGUGGGAAUGCAGCAGCCUCCCCAAAGCCAGAGCCUGAUGAAUAAUCAACAGGGAAAUCAGGUGCAAGGCAUGAUGGUGCAGUAUCCAGCCAUGUCGUCUUAUCAGGUGCCAAUGACCCAGGGUUCUCAAGGAUUGCCACAGCAAUCAUAUCAACAACCAAUCAUGCUACCUAAUCAAUCAGGUCAAGGAACACUUACAGCCACUGGAAUGCCUGUUUACUGUAAUGUCAUACCUCCUGCCCCACAGAACAAUCUACGGUUGAUUGCCCCACACUGCCCCUCCAAUAACGUUCCAGUUAUUUCUGCCAGCUGCAGGACAAACUGUGCGAGCAUUAACAAUGCAGGGUGGCAGGUCAAGUACUGACACUGGCUUAGAGUGGAUAUACAAGGAUAGUGGUGCAUUAUUUGACAAAUAACUCAUGGCCUUCAAAUGAAGAGGAACACAACAGGAUAAUCAGUUGAGGACAUAAGUACUGACUAUGCCCAAGUGAUUUGCUGCUGGAAAAAAUCUGUAAAAAAUAAAUUAAAUUUUGAAAAAAAAAAUGUUUGCUGGUUAAUGGUGCAUAUUCUUGUCAUGUCUGCUAGGUAUGCCUUUAUAGCUUAGCUAGUGACAUGAAUUCAUUGAGGUAAGAUUUUUUCCUACCACUGAACACCACUGUGUAGAUUGUAAUAUCCCUGAUUCGGAUUAGUUUUGUACUUUGUGUUGAGUUUGUGAAGCUAAAAGUAUUUAAAAAUAUAAUAAAAUCACAUUGUACCAAAGCUGUAAUGGAAAUGAAAACAAACAAACAAAAAAAGAAAACAAAAUGAAAAAAAAAAAUUACUGAAUGGAAAGAAUAAUUUAUACACACUAUAGAGUUUUUUAUGGAUAUAUACUGUAUUGUAGUGCUUAAUCACAAUAAAGCUAUUUGACCUCAUGGAGAAAGGUCAUGUUUCUA